AUGCAGCAAACGACGACGAUCAACAUAGACCCCAACGACUACGGUAUCGCCGCCCUGGCGUUGCCUCUGGGAUUCGCGGCCGGAGACAUCCGCCACCUGGCCAGCACAGUGCCGGCUCUCGUGAACAUCGUCAAGGCGCAGAUCGUCAUCGAGAGGCAGGCCAGCGCCCGGCGGGAGAGCUGCUACAUCUGCGCACUGUUCACUCUGGUAACCAUGGCGAUCACCGUCUCCAUUUGCAUUUUUCUCUACCUAGUUGACGUCAUCAGCUCGCCGAUAAGCACCGUGAUCGUCUACGUCACCCAGCAGACCAUACAAGUGCCCUGA